GUACUACUGACGGUUACAGUGCACAAACACACGCAAUUGAGUGAGUAUUACGAAGACAGUGUUGGCCAUUCUAAUAGCAACGACUUCUCCACCAUCACUUAUUGCCAUAACCUAUUCAACAAAAAAUGGUGGUUCCAAUCACUUCAGCUGCCGGUGUGGUAGCUUUAUUGGACGAACCUGAACCGGAAUUACAAUCGUACGCAUUACAAAAGUUGAAUACGUUGGUUGAUUCAUUUUGGGCAGAAAUUGCGGAUAGCGUUUCAAAAAUUGAAAUUUUGUAUGAAAAUCCAAGUUUUCCAGAUCGUCAACUUGCCGCUUUGGUAGCAAGUAAAGUUUUCUUUCAUUUAGGUGAAGAAAAUGAAGCUUUAAACUUUGCUUUGGGUGCUGGAAAAUUGUUUGAUGUGGACAAGAAGGAUGAAUAUACAGACACUGUCAUUUCGAAAGCUAUCGAUCAGUAUAUCCAAGUCACAUCAGAAGAUGGAACUUCUUCGAAAGCCGACCCAAGAUUAGCAGGAAUCGUCGAACAAAUGUUUGCAAGAUGCAUUGCCGAUCGGGAUUACAAGCAAGCUUUAGGUAUCGCUUUGGAAACUCGCAGGCUAGACGUUAUCGAACAAAUAUUCAGCGUCAGUAAGGAACAUAGCAUUCUCAUUUAUGUUCUAGAGGCUGUCAUGGGAGUGGUUCAAAAUCUAGAAGUCCGCAAUCAAGUCUUGCAUUUACUCGUCAAGAUGUUCAAAGCUUUGCCUACGCCCGACUACUUCAGUAUCUCUCAAUGCUACGUUUAUCUGAACACGCCCUCUGCUGCAUCAGAACUCUUCUACGACCUUGUUGAUAAAGCCCACAACAGUGCCUCAUCAAGUGCAAACACUGACAGAGAUCCACUUUUGAUCGCUUAUCAAACCGCUUUCGAUCUAGCUGAAAGUGCCACACAAGAAUUCCUUGAAGCCGUCAGAAAGGAUUUGGCAGAUAGAGCAGCAACACUUACCGGCAAGGCAGCAGGUGUCAGCUCUGGCGAAGAUGUAGAUAUGAACGGAGAUGCAAAUGGUGAAGGCAGUACAGUUUCUACGUGCAUUGCUCGUAUCCGGUCAAUCUUGUUGGGUGAAGAAUCCAUUCAACUUUACCUUGACUUCUUGCAAGGCGCUAAUAACACCGACCUGACCAUCCUGAAGGCAACAAAGGAUUCAUUGGAUGCACGUAGCAGUAUCUACCACAACGCACUCACAUUCGCAAACGCUUUCAUGAAUGCUGGAACCACAAGUGACAAGUUCCUGCGCGAGAAUUUGGACUGGUUGGCAAAAGCAAGCAAUUGGAGCAAAUUCACCGCAACAGCAGCUUUGGGUGUGAUCAACAAAGGUAACCUAAAGGAGGGUAUCAGUAUUCUGCGACCUUAUCUGCCUCACGAUGGAGUAUCAAGUAGUGUGUACUCGGAAGGUGGAAGUCUGUAUGCACUAGGUUUGAUUCAUGCCCACCACGGCACUGAAGUUAUGGACUUGCUCAAAAGCACACUCAAGAGCAACGCAGCUGAGAUUGUUCAGCAUGGUGCUGCUUUGGGUCUUGGUGCUGCUGGAAUGGCUAGCGGAAAUGAAGAGGUUUACGAGGAGUUGCGUAACAUUCUCUAUACCGAUUCAGCCGUCGCAGGUGAAGCUGCUGGGUAUGCAAUGGGUUUGAUCAUGCUUGGAACAGGAUCUGAGCGUGCUGUUGAGGAUAUGCUAACGUACGCACAUGAAACACAGCACGAGAAGAUUAUUCGUGGUUUAGCAAUCGGGUUGGCACUUCUCUUCUACGGAAAGGAAGAACAGGCAGAUGGCAUGAUCGAUACUCUUAUGGCUGAAAAGGAUGCCAUUCUACGAUACGGUGGUAUUCACACUAUUGCAUUGGCAUAUGCGGGAACGGGAAACAACAAGGCAAUCCGCCGCUUGCUGCAUGUUGCAGUCUCAGACGUCAAUGAUGACGUACGAAGAGCAGCUGUUACAAGUUUGGGAUUCUUGUUAUACCGUAACCCUACCCAAGUUCCACGCAUUGUCGAACUUCUCAGUCAAAGUUACAAUCCACACGUCCGAUAUGGGUCCACAUUGGCCCUUGGUAUCGCCUGUGCAAGCACUGGUCUAGAUGACGCCGUUGAUCUAUUACAACCAAUGUUGAAGGACCCUGUGGACUUUGUCCGUCAAGGAGCUUGCAUUGCUUUGGCAAUGAUUAUGAUCCAACAAAAUGAGACACUCAAUCCUGGCGUUGUUUCUGUUCGUAAUGCAUUCGAGAAGAUCUUGACCGACAAGCAUGAAGAUGCUUUGGCCAAAUUCGGUGCCGCACUCGCACAAGGUAUCCUGGACUCUGGAGGUCGCAAUGUCACAAUCAGUCUUGCAAACAAGGGCGGAAGCAACAAUAUGAUCGCAAUCGUUGGAAUGAUGAUGUUCACCCAAUUCUGGUAUUGGUUCCCCUUGGGACAUUUCAUCAGUCUUGCCUUCACACCUACUUCGAUUAUUGGUCUAGACCGGGAAUUGCGUAUUCCCAAGUUUGACUUCCGUUCUAAUGCAAGACCAAGCCUAUUCAACUAUCCUGUUACAGCAAAGAAGGAAAGUGAGAAAAAGGUUGAAAAAGUGGAAACGGCUGUGCUAAGUACGACGGCUAAAUCGCAAGCACGUCAACGUAACAAAGAGCGUGAAAAGGCAAAGGAAGAAAGAGGAGAUGGAAUGGACGUAGACGAUCAAGUACCUCAAAAGAAAGAUGAUUCGGCUGAAGAUAUUACCGCGACAUCGACAAACAAGGACGAUGAUACAGCGACAGGAGCGCCAAAGAAGACAAAAAGAGAACGCAAGGCUGAACCCUCUUUCUCUUUGAUUCCAAAUUACUCGCGUAUCACUCCAUUCCAGCUCAACUAUGUCAGCUUCCCGCCUGAUUGUCGUUAUACACCCAUUCGACCUCUCCAUGCAGGCACAAAGUUGCACGAUGUAUUCAACACCAGCACAGUAGCACCCAACAAGGGCAAGCUUUCCAUCUUUGGUAGCGCAUCUCCUGCUCCUGGAGCAAGCGGACGUGCAACACCUGUACAUGGUACAAAGGGAUCCAAUCCACCAUCAGCGCCUGCUGUCGCACCCCAAAGCAAUGCAAAUGCACAAGCCCAAGCUGCGGGACCCACUGCACAAGAAGCACGAAGUUUGUCGAACUCAAGCAUUGGUGUUCACGGAGGUAUUCUGCUUUUGAUCGAUCGACGUCAUACAGAGCCGUUUGAGCCUAUCAAGACUGAGACUGGUGAUGCAGGUGAUGCAAAUCAACAACCACCGUCAACUAGUAUCGUACCUGCUGCCGAUCCACGUGCACCAAGUGGAAGUGAUAUCAGUCCUGAAGAUCAAGCUGCCAUUCAACGUGCUCUUGCAAUGGAUGAUGAUGAUGAACCAGAUAAUAAACAAGAUAUUACCGGCAUUCAUGGAAAUACAGACCGUAAUAACGGAUCUGGAGAAGGUGGAACGGGUGGUGGUCCACCUGCGCCUUCUGCUCGUUGAAUUUGUCGAGACGAAUAAAAUAAAGAGGAAGUUAUGCUGAUGUAGAGAAUCUUCAAUCAUAUAAAAUAAUACAAUUUUGACAACAGAACAGUGGUGUUCAGAAUGUGCAUGAGAAGAG